AUGCCCCUCUCCCAAAAGCAAAUGGAAUACCUCGCCCUCGCCUGGCAGUGCUUCGAGACAGAGCCAAAGAUCGACUACGCCAAAUUCGCCACCGUCGCCAACCUCGCCAGCGUCAACUCCGCCCGCGAACUCAUGCGCGUGACCAAGAAGAAGUUGAAGGAGGAGUAUGGCGCGCUCGACAAUGGCACGGCCACCUCCCCAAUCAAGAAGUCCACAUCCACGCCACGCAGCACGCCAGGCGCGAAGCGCGGUCGGGCGUCGGUGGGGAAAAAGGCCGCUGCGGAGAUGAAUGGGGAGGACCAUGACGAUGACGAGGAGGAGAUGCGUGCGAGUCCGAGUAAGAAGAGCAAGACAAAUGGCAAGACGAAUGGGGUUGUCAAGGUGGAGAAGGAGGCCGAGGAGAGCGAUGAUGGGGAUUUGGUCUGA